UGUACUGGACACAAACUACCAUUCCAUUACAUCUCUGAAGAAUAUAAAAUGGUACUGACACCAGUCUUCAGCGGUAUGAACGUACUCGUGGUAUCGGUGGCGUGCCUCAUCUUGCUUCUGAUUAUCGCAUCCCUCAGUGUUAUUAACACUCUCGUCUUGGUCAGGCGUUCAAGUAGACGCCACGGCCCGGACUCUUUCCGCGAUGCUUGUGAACUCCUCCCAAAGCUGUUCCCGCCUUCCACGAUUUUCAUGCCGAACGGAAUCGUCGUAAAGCAAUCGGCAUUCAUCAAUACGAGGAUGAGAGGCCCGGAUUCCUUCGCCGCGAACGCUACGCCAACCAUGAACAAAACAGCGUCUCAAUUUAUUUCGCUACUAUUACGCCGGAGGAACGUGGGGGAAUAAAUCUAGCAGGUCAAUGACCCGUCGAUACAACUCUACAAUAUAGAGACGGACG